GUUACCACCUACGAAAAGAUAUUGUCCAGGAUCGUUACCGCGAUUCGCCGUGAGAGUCGGUUUAGUGGUACGACCGGAAUACCCAAUCGCGCUGCUAUCAUUACAGUGAUACGAGUAGCCGUUCCACCGUGGACGCCAACGCGGUAUGCAGUUACGCAUUUACGUCCUAGCCUGUCUCCUGUUGGGGCUGGCUCGAGCCGAAGAGGUAGAAGUCGUGGAGGCGAUUUCGGGGGAGGACAAUCGGAACGAGAACCCGGCGCUGAAUCGGCAAGAUAACGAGCUGAGCAAUUCCGAUCAAUUGGCGUUGGAUACCAUAGCGGACAAGGAUGGAGGAGCGAACCACUACAAAGCAGGUCUUCGGGGUCAUCCUCUGCUACCACCGGGCCGAGGCGCAUUAGGUCUGCCGCGUCCGCAUCACAAUGUCGCUUAUCACGGCCCGCCACCGCCUUUGCCGUCUUCUAAAACGCAACCGGAAGCCAUGGACAAGAUCUACACAACUGGUGGCGGUGUCAGCACCGCGAUUGGCGUCGAGCCUUGGCCGGCGCCAACACCGGACAUGCCGAAGAUCGUGUCGCUGGACGUAAAGUGCGAGAAGAACCUGAUGAAGGUGUACCUAGGUUUCGACAAGCCAUUCUACGGGAUAGUGUUCAGUAAGGGCCACUACAGCAACGUGAACUGCGUCCACCUGCCAGCCGGGCUCGGUCGCACGUCCGUCAACUUCGAGAUCAGCAUACACGCGUGCGGCACGGCCGGCAACACGGAAAACGGAUUGUACGGCUACGGCGCCGAGUCCGGAUCCGGGACGUACUUCGAGAACAUCAUCGUGGUGCAAUACGACCCCCAGGUGCAGGAGGUCUGGGAUCAGGCGCGCAAGCUGCGCUGUACCUGGCACGACCUGUACGAGAAGUCGGUCACCUUCCGUCCGUUCCCCGUAGACAUGCUGGACGUGGUGCGCGCGGACUUUGCCGGCGACAACGUGGGAUGCUGGAUGCAGAUACAGGUUGGCAAGGGACCGUGGGCCUCCGAAGUCUCCGGCCUGGUCAAGAUCGGUCAGACGAUGACGAUGGUGCUCGCUAUCAAAGACGACGACUCCAAAUUUGAUAUGCUCGUGAGGAACUGCAUGGCGCAUGAUGGCAAACGCGCGCCGAUACAGCUGGUGGACCAGCGCGGCUGCAUCACACGGCCGAAGCUGAUGUCGAGGUUCACCAAGAUCAAGAAUUUCGGGGCCUCGGCGUCAGUGCUGUCGUACGCCCACUUCCAGGCGUUCAAGUUCCCGGAUUCCAUGGAGGUCCACUUCCAGUGCACCAUACAGAUCUGCCGGUACCAAUGUCCAGACCAAUGCUCGGAAUCAUUGCCGCUGCUGGAGAGCCAGGGUCUCCUGGAGGGUCAUCAUCAUCAUUCUCCUGCGGGCGGUCAUCCCGACGUUGGAUACGGCGUCCCACCACCCAUCCCGCUUCCAUUGGAGGCUUAUCUACAAGCGGCGGCCGGGCGACCUCGCGAUGAAAGAAGGAGGAGGUCCCGAGAGAUCCUGCACAACCCGCAGAAGGCAGUAGGUGUGAAUCGGAUCAUCCGAGUGGUCUCGACGGGUGACCUGACCUUCUCCAUCGACGAGAGCAACGGUUCAGGCGAGCUGAACACCGGGCCGACGAUGGUGUUCCCGCAACGUCAGGAGAACGCAGCUAGCUCGACCAUGAUCUGCAUGACCACUCCCGGAUUCGCGAUUACUCUCAUCGUCCUGCUCGCCGUCCUGCUUUCCUCAUGCGUGCUGUCGGCUUACCUCUUUAUGCGUCUCAGGCCGUUCUCCGCGAGGUCCAACAAGUCCGCGGCGUUUUGCAACUCCGAGCGGAGCGACGCGGCCAAAAAGUCCUCGUCGAGGACGUGCUUCUACUCAUAGAGAUAUUCGCGAUUGCCGCGAGUCACCCUGAGCUCCGGCGAUCCCGAUAUUUGCGCUCGGAAGAGGGGACCGUCAAAUUGCACGGCCCUCUUCCCCGAAACCGGUUUACACGCUUCUCUGCGGUAUCGUUGAAACGUCGUUGGAGGUCAGUACGUUCACAGGGCGAAUGCGGUCGCGCAGGGAUAAGGAAAUCUGUCCCCGGCUGCGGGCGCGUCGCCACGUGAAAAAUUAUCGGUGAAUGAAUAGCGGUGGCGUUUGUACUUUUCCAUUUUUUGAGAUACCUUUGGCCAUUAACCGACAGUAUUUUUCUGUAUGUAUAUAUCAUAUUUACGCGUGCCUGGAACAUAUUGCAAUAGUGAGUCGAACGCGCAGCGGGGCAUUUUUUCCUCUCCUCAUAGGGGGACCAAGAGAAUUUCACGUAAACUGGUCUUCGAAGUCGCGAGUCUUCAGCUCUCGUAGAGGCUAUCGAGUGUCGCAAGCACGACUCUACUACACAAAAUUGCGUAUCCCAGACCGAGCGGGAUGCCAGCCGGCAGCAUUAUCGUACGAUAAUGCUGCGGUGCUCGUGUCACUUUCGUUUCGCUUCGUCUUACUGCCUCCCUGGAGUUGUGCUUCGUCAUGGAAUAAAACUUAAGCUCAGGCCUUCACAGGCAAAUAUAGGCGAUACAUCGAGAAUUUAGUCAAAAAUAAUCAAAUCCGUUCUCUACUUUUGCGUUUAUUACUUACGUAUUUGUAUUUAGUAUUCUCCUUUGGUUUUUGGUAUCUGGGACACUCGUUUAACAAUGGUUAUCCGACAUGCGAUAACAAUAAGGCUGAAAUGUCAGGAAAAUAGCCUAUACUAUAGUUAUAUCUAAUUUAAUAUAUAAUGUUAUAUAUAAUGUUAUUGUUAAUAAUAUUAUAUUAUUAUUUAUUUAUUACAUAUCUCUCUCUCGAAAUUCUUCAAGGUAAUUUACAGGCAAAAUCCUGUAUACUUUUUAUACAUGACGCAAACAAAUGAAAUAAAGUCACAAAACAUGAUAGAUAUUCUCCUUCAAUCAUUAAAUGAAGUAAAUUUACAAAAGAUGUAUAACGUAAAUCACAAUGCGCCACGAUUAUGAGAAUUUUUAUAUGCAAAAGUACUUAAUUGUUUAAGUAUUACUUUAAUAGUUAUGUCUAACUGGCGGAAAUGAAAAGUGCCAAAAUGUUGUACCUUUAUUACGUAAAUCAACGAAUAAUAAAUUACACAGUAAUGAG